GUUUGUUCUGUGAGCGAUCGACAACAAUUUAUCGUCGAAAUUGAAAUCUGAUCCAAGCGGUGUAAGUGCAGCGUCCCCGCGUCCCAGAGUCACCGCCACAAGCCAGACAGCGCUCCCAAAACCCAGGUUUGAAGAGUCAAGGAAGGGAAGGCGGCUCUCCAGAUGCUUUCGUUCAAUCUCACAAGUCCUCAUGCACUGGGGCUACGCCUACCUCUCCCCAACAGGACUGCUGCGCCUUCCAGAGCAUCAGCCCUGCGCUGCUCUGCGUCAGCAACCUUGACCUCAUCCAACGGUGCCUCCACCAAUGGAGCCUCCAGCAACGGAGCCUCCAGCAAUGGAGCUAGCAGGUGGCCAGCAGCCGAGGUCCCCCCCUUGUCGGAUGAGGUCAAGGCAAUCCUGGAAGAGCGAAGCAUUGAUUUCGAGACCAGCGGCCUAAAGUUUCUAACUAACGAAGCCAGGCUGCGGUCGCUGGCUGUUGCAAAGAAGAACAAGGCGGAGGGGAUCAAGGCCCAGAAAGGCGGCCACAAAAUGUGGACGGAGGUCACAGAGCUGGCCGAGCUAAUCAGAAAGGGGGAGACCAAAUGGGAGGAUCUGGACUUGGACGACAUUGACGUGCGUCUCAAGUGGUCCGGCAUGUUCCACAGGAGGAAGCGCGCCCCCGGCACCUUCAUGAUGCGCCUCAAGGUGCCCAAUGGGGAGUUGACCUCAAAGCAGCUGCGGUUCCUGGGGGACCAGAUUGUGAAUUUGGGCGAGAAGGGCUGCGCAGACAUCACCACACGCGCCAACAUCCAGCUGCGAGGCAUGGACCUCACUGACUCAGCCGCCAUCUUCGAGGGCUUGACAUCGGUGGGGCUGAGCGCAGUGCAGACUGGAAUGGACAACGUGCGCAACAUGACUGGCAGCCCCAUUGCCGGCAUUGACCCCCAUGAGCUCAUCGACGUGAGGCAGCUCAACUACGAGAUCAAUGACAUGAUCACAAACUUUGGCAAGGGCAAUGAGGAGCUGGUCAACCUGCCACGCAAAAUCAACAUUGGGCUGUCGCCCUCCCGGGACGACUUUCCCCACACUCACAUCAACGACGUGGGCCUCAAAGCCGUGCAUGACCCUGAAACCGGCGAGGUGGGCUUCAAUGUGGAGCUGGGCGGCUACUUCAGCGUCAAGCGCAACACAAUGUCCAUCGAUGGCAACACCUUUGUGGCCAGGGACCAGGUCGUCGCUUACUGCAAAGCCCUCCUCGAGGUCUUCAGGGACUAUGGUGGGCGCGAGGACAGGCAGAAGGCGCGGCUGAUGUGGCUGGUGGAGGAUUGGGGCGCAGACAAGUUCCGGGAGAUGGUGGGCGCACGGAUGGGUGGAGUGACCCUGCGCACCGCCGUGGAGGAAAAGUAUGACGAUGUGUGGGAGAGGCGGGACGUGUUGGGCGUGCACCCGCAGAAGCAGGAGGGCUUCUCAUGGGUUGGCGCAUGCAUCCCCACCGGCCGAUUCUUUGCCGACGAUUUCUACGAAUUCGCGCGCGUCGCCGACACGUACGGCGACGGCACUCUGCGGAUGACAGUGGAGCAGGACGUCCUCUUUCCCUUCAUUCCCAAUGACAAGGUAGAGGAGAUGAAGAAGGAGCCCAUCUUCCAAAAGUACAAGAUCGAUGCCGGCAACCUCACUCGCGGCCUCGUCUCCUGCACCGGCGCCCAGUUCUGCGGGCUGGCUGUGAUCGAGACGAAGAACCGCGCGAUGGCUGUUGUGGAGAAGCUGGAGCAGCAGCUGGACUUCCCCAAGAAGAUCCGCAUCCACUGGACCGGCUGCCCCAACUCCUGCGGCCAGGUGCAAGUGGCGGACAUCGGCCUGAUGGGCGGGCCGGCAAAGCUGAACGGCAAGGCGACAGAGGGCGUGCGUGUCUUUCUGGGGGGCACCAUCGGGGAGAACCCACAGCUGGCAUCCCAAUUCGAGAAGGGCAUUGCGUGCGACGAGUCUGUGCUGCUCCCCUACCUGCGCGACAUCAUGAUCGAGAAAUUUGGCGCCACCCCCAAGCCCGGUGUGCUGGUGGAGGCCUGAUCAGGCCUCAUCAUAUCUCAUGGAUGACAAAGAUCGACAGAAGUUGCUUCGUGAGCACCCUGCUACUGCGAGGCUGACGCUGUGAUGCGGAUGUCUCAAGACACACGUUCUGUGCAUACCCCCGGUUGUCACUAAGUAGAUGGCCUCUUGGUGGUAAUCUCUAUGAUGUGUUUAGCAGCAUCGGGGAUUGUUUCAUUCGGGUGACAAAGUACCCAAGGUUGCAGCUGUCAAGGGUGGUACGGAAGACUGGCCGUGGGCAGUCGUACAGCAGCGAUGGCGUUUUGCUAGACCUGUGAUUUGAUGGGUGGGCGCAUGUUGUUGUAAGUGAGGUCAGUGUCGUGGAGCGCUUUUGUUGCGCCGCUGCUGAGCAUCCUCGCCGAUACCCUGCUUAAACGUCAGGCUCUAAUUUCUUCAUAAUGGAAAACACAUUUUACUUGUUGAGCACGCACAUGUAUACAUCACCAAGUUGCUUGCUAUGCACGUGUGCGCUUAUGUGCAAUUACUGAGGUACCGUACCGUGUGACACCUUGGCAACGUGGGUGCUUGAUCGGUGGAUCUUAGGUGUUCAGCUAUUGCUGGACGAUUGGGGUUGUUAUUGCAUUUCGUUGAUUGAAUGUGUUGUUUCACCAGUUUCUCAAGUGCAAAGUAUGCAGAAGAAAGGUUUCAGCUUAGGAAAUAAUGAUGCAAUGCGAUCUUCUAGACUCGAAAUGGUCCCCUAUUGGUUACGACCUGUGAGAGCUUGAAACUGCAUAAGCGGUGUGCAGCAUGUACAUUCUGUAGUACAGAUUCUGUACCUUGUAAAAACAUUUGCUUCCA